AUGUCUGAAGCGGCUGUGUUCUCUGUGGAACUGCUGCUGGACACAAUCAAGCAGUGCAUGGUCCUGUGCUUCAAGAAGGAUAAUACGAAGUCCAAGAGAGUGGGUAGUGCUGGCCCCCCUCCAGCGCGCAGCCUGUCUCCCUUCACGGCUACCCAGAGGAUAGUGGCCUUCAACCCUACCCGGUGUACUUUAGGCCGACGCUGCUAUGUUGGGGAUGAUGACGACGACUGCUUCCCUAUCCGACCACGGACAUUGCACGACGUCAUGAUAGGCAGCAGAUGGCAGGAUGAUGAGCCAUACCUCGGUGGACUGCAUGAACGCGAUGCGCCUUUAGUGUCAAGUACGGACUCUUCAAGAAGUGAUGAGUUGUCAAGCGACAUCCCUUACCACACGCUCAUAGACGACACGGAAGCGCAGAGUGAUGUGGACCCUGGAGAUGCAGAAGCAGCGGCGGACGAGUUGCGGAGGCAGCUGACCGCUGCCCGAGUCAUUCAGCGCUGGACGCGCACCAGGUUCCAGCAAUGGCUCCAAGAACGUGGGCCUCGCUUGAGAGCUGCUCCGUUACCAGCGGCACCUGAAGAUUCAUUGGACGAGGACUUCGGGGCAGUGUUCCCAACGAUUGCAGACAAUUCCGACAUAGGCGCAACAUGGAUAUGGCACCCUGACAGCGAGUCUUCUGAGGACGAUCACAUCGGAGGUUUGCUGGACACCGAUGUGUCUCUCGAGAAGGACGAGGUUGAAGAGCAGGUGGCGCAGAGCCACCUGGAUGCUGGAAAGGGUCACUUGCGCAAGGCCGAUCCAGAGAUGACAAAGAGACCCGAAUCAAACGUUUCCGAGACUGAUGCCGCCUGGUCAUCGGACGAAACUACGUACGCUCGGCUUCCUUCCCGGGCGACUACCAGUGACGGUUACCGGCCAUCUACAUCGCCGGAAGAAAGGAACGAGGUCGACUCGAACGACGGUGUUCCUGCCCAGCAGCUUUUCUUGCAGCUUCCAGAACCACUGCCGCGUGCACCCGUCGACCAGCUUCUGCCGGGCCCAUCUUCCGAGAAAAUCUUCGGGGAGCUCCUGCGAGAGUGCAAGCACGGUGUGCCCAUUACCUUUGACGCCAUGCUUGAGGACAUUGGUGCGGAGGGCUGUGUGAAGCUCUGCGAGGGCGGCGUGUACACGGAGGUGUUCCGCACAUGCGGCACAAGGGGUGGAGCCGUGCUCAAGGUGAUGCACCCGACCUACCUGGUCCGCCACCUGCACCUGGUGCUCGCCGAAGUGCGCAUAGCAAGAUCCUUGCGUAGCUUGAGCAUGGGCGUCGACAACAACACUGGAGGCUUUGCAGAGCUGCGAGCGUAA